AUGGCUCCUCGUCGAAAGUCUGUGUUGAUUACCGGCUGCUCCGCUGGUGGCAUCGGUGCCGGCCUAGCUGAAGGGUUCUGCGAGAAAGGAUAUCACGUCUUUGCGACAGCCCGCACCACGUCAAAGAUCUCACAGGGCCUAGCAAGCGCAUCCAACGUCACUGUUCUGGAACUCGAUGUCUUGAAGCCAGAGUCCAUUGCUGCCGCCGUCGAAAGCGUCAAGCAAAAAACCGGCGGUACGCUAGACGUCCUCAUCAACAACAGUGGCCAAGCAGCAAUCGCGCCUGCGUUGGACGUCUCAAUCGAAGAAGGCAAGAAAGUUUUCGAUCUCAAUUUCUGGGCUCCGCUUGCCAUCCUCCAAGCUUUCUCCCCGCUACUGAUUGAGGCUAAAGGCUGCCUUGUCAACAAUGCAUCCUGUAGCGCCUAUCUUCCGAUGGCGCUCAUGAGUAGGUCUGAAAUCAAGAUAUUCUACAACGGCUCAUCUGACAUAGCUGCCCUGAUCUCAGCAAGUGAUACUUGGCGUCGUGAGCUCAAGCCCCUCGGAGUCCGGACCAUCACGCUGGCCACAUCCUCCGUGGGCUCUUCAAGUACUCCGACACUGUCUGAAGUCAAAAUUCCCGAGACUUCUCAUUACUACGGAAUUAAAGAUUUCGUGGAAGGCGUUCCGGGGUUGUUACGCCAGCCAGGCGCAAUCACACCACGAAACUAUGCAGCACGAGUAAUACGAGAGGUUGAGAAGGGAACUUCCGGAACGAUCUGGGUUGGUACUUCUGCCGAAAUGGGUAAACUCGGUUAUUAUUGCUUCCCCCAAUCAGUUUUGGAUAUGGUGAUAGAGAGCGUACUCCCAUUUGACAAGGCAAUGGCCCAGGCAGCCAAGAAAUAA